AUGAUGCAGAAAAGCGCUGGAGCCACUUUCGGUCUCGCAUUUGGCCACAAAAUCGCGGGCACGAGGUGCACCAGUCUAAACCUGGCCAGGUCCGUGCCAGUUGUGGGCCCCUGGAGCGAAGAGAGUGUUGUUGUCAUGGGUGAUGCAAUUAGAGUGAAGGCUGAGCGCGUCUCCGUGAUCCUAAAGCACGCGUCCCCUCCAAAGUAG